GACACCGGUAACCUGGGCUGUAUUGGGCAGUGUUCAAUACUGUAAUUAUAUGGUUGCAAAUAGAGAAUCUAGCGAGCACGGCAGCCUUUUAGUUUUGAAGUUUCCAACUACUUUAAUGCUGAAUGAUCGGUUAUACUGUAAAUGGACUAUAGCCAAGAUAGUGGUGGAAAUAUUCGAUUGCCUAGAUAAUGCAUCUAAACCUACUUCUUAG